AUGGACACCUUCAACGCUUCAAUCUGGACGACUGACACGACAGAGGUCACUGAUGUAUUGUACGAAACCGACACAACCCCCAAAGGAACCAACGGACCUGUUUUCAGCAUCACCUUCUUAAUCCUCGUGCUACUGGCUGCAUCAACCGUCCUGACCAAUUCCUUGAUACUGGCUGCAUUUUAUGUCGAAAAGAAACUGCGGACGUACACCAACUACUUUAUCCUGAACAUGACCAUUGCGGACUUCGCGGUCGGAAUCCUCUGCAUGCCGAUCCGGUCAAUGAUUCACCUCUUUGACGGAUGGCCCUUCGGCAAGGUGGCAAGUAUUUUCUUCAUGGGGUUUCAGAACUCUAUUUUGGGUGUGUCCGUUUGUGGCGUUGUGACGAUCUGCAUAGACAGGUACAUUGCGACCUUCUAUCCCAUUCAGCACUACCAGAAGAAGAGUAUCCGCAAGGCUACAGCAGUGAAUGUCUUUACUUGGGUCUCGUCAUUCGGCCUCUGGAUGAUGAUGUCCACGGCUUGGGACUUCAUCCAACCCAACAACCUUGUAACAUCCUCCGGUUUCUCCAGACCCAAUUAUUCCCUCACCUACACGUCUAGCUUGUUCAUGUUUGCCCUCCGGUUCGGCUUGCCAUUCGUCAUCAUGACCGGCCUGUACAUUAGAAUAUACUUCCGGGUCAAGAACAUAGGUAGUAAGCAUCUCACGAAAUUUAUGAAAAAGAAAAAGACCAAUGAAAAGGAGAGUUCGGUUACUGGUUCCGUUUGUACGGACGAACAAUUGAGCACUGCAACUGUAGUCAGUUUAGAAGAAGGGUCGACAGCUAUUGAUCAGAUAUUUGCACUAUCAGGCAUGUCCAACAACGUCGAGAAGUCCGAAUCAUCCAGAAGCAUAAUCGGCGACGACAAAGAAACUGAAAGCCGCGCCUCUCUUGAAUAUGGCAAACCUAGAAAUGUCUCACCGGCAGUUGUGCCACAUGUUGGCAAAAGGCUGGCGGCAUCGAAGAGCCAAAUUAUAAACAAACCACAACGAGAAUCAAGGGCCGAGGGACAGAAAGCGAUGCGGACCCUGACAUUCAUUGUCGUUGUCUUCAUCAUCACCUGGUUACCAACCGCCGUGACCGUCACCAUGUACGCCUUCUUUCCAGAUUUCUACCACUACAUCAAGAAUAAAAUCAGGCUGUCAGAGAUCACACGCUGGGUUGCUUUCAGUAACAGUCUCGUCAACCCAUUGGCGUACGCCAUGGCUCAGCCCUUGUUUCGACACACCAUUGUCAAGAUCAUCUGUCGUCAAAAGAUUUGACCGUCGUAACCUCUU